AUGUUAUUCUUCUCAUUCUUCAAGAGUCUGAUCGGGAAGGAUGUGGUCGUUGAGCUGAAGAACGAUCUGAGCAUUUGUGGUACUCUUCACUCAGUGGACCAGUACUUGAAUAUCAAGAUGAGUGACAUAACUGUCAUGAAUGGCCACAAAUACCCGUAUAUGUUGUCCGUCAAGAACUGCUUCAUCAGAGGAUCGGUCGUCCGUUACGUGCAAUUGCCGGCCGACGACAUCGAUGUCACGCUCUUACAGGACGCCACUCGCAAAGAGGCCACCAAAUGA